GACGCAGAAACCCGGCGCCGCCCGCCUGGCCAGACCCGGCUCUGGGCCGCCUGGUGACCCGAGCGGCAGGAGCGACCCGGGCUGGGAGUCGCGUGGGAGCCAGAGCCCGCGUGCGCUGAGGACCCGGAACCCGGUCCCGCAGUCAGGGAAGCCGAGUCCGCCAGCAGCCCUUUUCGCUGUCUUCCUCCGCAGUUCGGAGCCGCGCCCAGGUGGCUGGCGUCGUCACUCAGAGGAGAAGGUGGGCCCCGGAACGUGGCCACGGUUCAUAGUCAAAAAAGAUAAAAUCUGAAAUAAAUCUAUAUUCAUGAAGUGUGACUCCAUACAAACUGCAAUAUGUCAAGAAAGAAAAAAAGAUCCAGUGGAAAUGUUUCAUUCUGGGCAGCUGGUGAAAAUCUGUGCCCCAAUGGUUCGAUAUUCAAAGUUGGCUUUUAGAACACUAGUAAGAAAAUACUGUUGUGAUCUGUGUUAUACACCAAUGAUAGUUGCCGCUGACUUUGUCAGAUCUAUAAAAGCCAGAGACAGUGAAUUUACCACAAACCAAGGUGAUUGCCCAUUGAUUGUUCAAUUUGCUGCCAAUGAUGCAAGACUUUUAUCUGAUGCUGCUCGUAUAGUCUGUCCUUAUGCGAAUGGAAUAGACAUUAACUGUGGUUGCCCUCAGAGGUGGGCAAUGGCAGAAGGUUAUGGAGCUUGCUUAAUAAAUAAGCCAGAGCUUGUUCAAGAUAUGGUGAAACAAGUAAGAAAUCAAGUGGAAAACCCCAGAUUUUCAGUUUCUAUUAAAAUAAGGAUCCAUGAUGACCUUACACGAACCAUAGAUCUUUGUCGAAAGGCUGAAGCAACUGGAGUUUCCUGGAUUACAGUCCAUGGAAGAACUGUUGAAGAAAGACAUCAGCCAGUCCACUAUGAUGCUAUUAAAAUAAUAAAGGAAAACAUGUCUAUACCUGUAAUUGCUAACGGAGAUAUCAGGAGUUUAAAAGAGGCUGAAAAUGUGUGGCAGAUUACUGGGACAGAUGGUGUGAUGGUUGCAAGAGGACUCUUAGCAAACCCAGCCAUGUUUGCUGGAUAUGAAGAAACCCCACUGAAAUGCAUCUGGGACUGGGUUGACAUCGCUCUUGAACUUGGAACUCCUUACAUGUGUUUCCAUCAACACUUGAUGUACAUGAUGGAAAAGAUAACUUCAAAGCAAGAAAGAAGAGUAUUUAAUGCACUGUCAAGCACAUCAGCAGUCUUAGAUUACCUUACAGACCAUUAUGGCAUUUGACUGGACUUCCUAAAUUAUUUUAAUAUAUACUUUAUUUUAUACUUAUGAUGAUUAUCAUAAAGGUUGCAUCUUUAAAUCGGUGGCUCUCAAACUUUAUUAUAAAAACAAUCCCUGGGAGCAUUUUAAAAGAUCAGAUCUAGACCUCAUCGUCAGAGAUUCUGAUUCAGUAGAUAUUGAAUGGACCUAGAAAUUUAUAGUUUUAAAGAAGAACAGAAGUGGUUCAAAAAUCCUGGUCAUUCUAGGUCCAAACACUGACAAACUGUUCUGAAUCUUGUUAUGGAUUGGGGGAGGAGGGUUCCCCUAAAGGAAAUGUUUUUAAAAUUUGUAAAUAAAAACUUUUUAUUUUAAUACUAAGAAAGUAUGACAUAUGAUAUCUGUACCUUAACAAGUACAUUUUUAAUAAAAGUUAAGUGCACGGAAGUGGUAGAAUAAAAUGUUAACAUCAUAUAAAAUGAACAAGAAACUCCAAUAGAAUUAUACUUGGGUUAGCAUUAAAAAAUCAAAUUGGAAUGUCAAACUGGUACACUUCCUAAUUGAAUUAUAUACCUUAAGGUUUAUUUGUUUUAAAUUGUACAUAAAAAAAAUUAGGUAUGUUAUCUGGACUUUAAAAUUAAGAGUACAUGGA